UGAUUUGAUUUUCUGAUUUGUUGAUACUUGAUUCACCGGGUUUUGGAGCAGACCACAAAGCCUAAUCCUUGAUCUCCCCCCACUCUCUCCCCUCCUUCUCCCGGCCCCACCCCGGCCGUAAAAAAAAAAUUCACAGAGAAUGAACUGCAUGCCCGAUGAUAAUAGGCUUGUCCCUCUUUAAAAAACAAAAAAGGUCGCAAUUGGGGAGGGAAAUGAGGACAAAAGAGGUCUCUUAGGAAUGUUGAUUAGAAGGGGGAAACGUUUUCAAGUUGCCCUCAUACAGAUCGUGUCCUCCGUGUUAGUUCACACUUGUGGCACCAGGCUUUAUUAAAGCCGAGCUUGCAAAACCUUGGCUUCGGAGACCUGCUCCUGGGCCCCUCCCCCAGGCCGCUUCUUGACAUCUUUGAUGUCCAAAUUAUGCGCUGAGUUCUAGGCUGGAAAGAAGGCUGGAAUUCCACUUUAGAUAGACAAUGGCCUUGGAAGACAUCGAUUUCCCCACCUCCACGCUUUUUCUGUUCAGUUGCAUUUCUUCUUCCUCUCUCUGUCCAAAACAUACGCACCUCAAUCUGUUAUUUCCUUUGCCAAGAAUGUUGUUCUUUGCACCCACAGUCCCUCAUUCUCCUAAACUCCUCUGGGGGACCCUUUCAGGUGCUUCACCUGAGCAGGCUACCCCUCUCCCAUCACCUGUACACCCUCCAGCCUCUGCUCCAUUCUAGUAGAUGUGACAGAUAUUUGUUGAGCCCCUGCCUGGUGUCAGGAGCUGUGCUAGAUCCCGCUGUUGCUGACUUUUAUAAUCCCGCACUGGUCCCCCCUACCCCUAGAUGUGGGCUCUUGGGGAACAGGAGUGGCGUGUUUGAGGAAUGCUAAUACCCCCCUAGACCCUUAUGCUCCCUGCCCAUGCAUCUCAGGGUGACAGUGUCUUCUACUGUGGGAACCCCUCAGAGCUAGGACAGGGGCAAAAUCUGUCUUACCACAGCCAUGGAGUAUAGGGUCUGGGCUGUAUUGGGCAUUUAAAAAAAAUAGCUGAUUUUCAUUACCAAUCUGAGCACUAGUCUUUCUGUUUUUUAAAUAAAUGUCUUAUUUUGGAGUAACUUUAGAGUUACAUACAAGUUGCAGAGAUAGCACACAGUCCCAGUAUGCCCCACACCCAGUGUUCCCCAUUUGUUACCAUCCUGCAUUGCUGUGGUACGUUUGCCAACAUUAAAAAUUGAUAUAGGUACAUUCUUUUAACUAACUCCAGACGUUUGCUUCUCAGUUUUGAGGUACUAAAAUUUAUGAAACUCUCUAUGUUGAGAGCACUGUUCCUAUAUUGUCUGUCUUUAAUCCCUGCUUGUCUUCACUAAGUUCCACAAGGACCCUGUGUCAAGGGACAGGGUUGGGAGUGGAGAGGGCAAGGGGCUACCAUGUAGUCUGAAUGUAUUUUUCUCCCUGGAAGAAUGAUGAAUGGAAAAUAGUGUAGAAUAUGAAGAAGCAUAGAAGUCCUCCUGCUUUGAAAUCAUUCUCUGACACUCUUCAUUUGAGAUUCAUUUGGUUUUAAGUUUUUAGAAAAGUAGUUAUAUCUGCUAAUCAACAAAACCUCUAGGGAGUGGGAAUUUUGACAGGUGAUUUUAGGGGAGGUUGGAGAAUGUUCUCAACAGCCAAGUCAUUGGCGGGCUGAGGGUUCUGGGGAGGGCAGUGUGAGUUCGAUUUGGCCCGUUGGGCGACACUGCUCCUGUGAUAGACACAGGGGCACCACUGAAAACCUGUCUGCUGGUGAUAGUACAAUGGAAAUCCUGGAGCCAACCCACUAUCAUCCACACCCCAGGAAGGGGUUGAAGAGCCCCCCACUCCUGCCGCCCCAUUUUUCAGCAAGACCUCUGGCACCUGCAGAGCCUCAGAACCAGGACCAGGAUUCCCAGUGGGGUUUGUUGCGACGUUUUUCUCUCGUCCCAGCUGUGUGGACAGUGCCACACACCCUCCGCACAACGACGGCUCUUGCUUGCGUGCUCCAGUGUUUCUUUUGUCAGAGAGCCCAGCAGAGCUGCAGUGCUUCCACUGCCGGCCCUGAGCUGAGCGAGGAGUGCCCUGCAGAGAUGGUGAAGAUGACAAAAUCCAAAACAUUCCAAGCUUAUCUGCCAAACUGCCACCGAACCUACAGCUGUGUCCACUGCAGAGCCCACCUGGCCAAUCACGAUGAGCUGAUCUCCAAGUCCUUUCAGGGAAGUCAGGGACGAGCCUACCUCUUCAAUUCUGUGGUGAACGUGGGCUGUGGCCCUGCAGAGGAAAGAGUCCUCCUCACUGGCUUACACGCUGUCGCAGACAUCUACUGCGAGAACUGCAAGACCACGCUCGGGUGGAAAUAUGAGCAUGCCUUUGAGAGCAGUCAGAAAUAUAAGGAAGGAAAAUUUAUUAUUGAGCUUGCCCACAUGAUCAAAGACAAUGGUUGGGAGUAAAGUGAAAACUGUCCGUUCUCGCUUGAAUACUGUUUUGUGAGAGAGACCGUAAAUGUCGUGGAAACCUGGGAGCAUCCUGGAUGACAGUAUUUCUUCAACUUGAAGCUUGCAGGCCGGCCUCUCCCGGCCAUUCCCAGGGGUAAGGUGUCCCUCCAGUCUAUGUCCUGUUCCUGUACAUGGUUGUUUCUGGAAAUUUUCAGUCACCUUUUCUAACUUGUCAAGUUCUAGAGAAAGAAUUAACCAGUUGAUGACUUCUCUGUCUAGUGAAGACCUUCUUUUAACCUUUGCCUUUAAGAUGGAGUUUGUGCUCUUUUCUGUUUGAUGGAAAACCAAACCGAAUCUCUGCAGACCCCACAGACAGGGUCUCCUCAGAGAGCAAGGCCACCCCUCUUGUUUAGAGGGAAGGUUUUGUAGCCCACUUUUUUCCUAAUUCUCGAAGCUGCAAACUGGUUAUUUUGCAGUAAGAGUAACAGCUCUUACUCAUGAGCUGUUAAGGCAUACUGCUCAUUAACUUCCAGAAGCAGUCAACAAAUCUAUACACCCAGGGUGUUUUUUUUAGCCUUGUUCAAAAACAGAGGACACCAACAUUUUAGAUAAGCUAUAAAUAGAGAAAUGUCGAAUGGAACAUGUUUACUUAAGCCAACAGCUUCCUUAUCUAGAAGGCAAGUGAACUAGUCACGAGCAGACUGUUCCAGGCCUGUGGGCGCACUGUGCUCGGGGCUGCAGGCCCGCAGGGGGCUUCCGUGUCAGUCAGUCACUGAGCGGCCAGGCCUGGAGUUAGAGUUUAAUGCACUGGACUGAGUAAAACCAGGUUUCCUUUUGUACUCCAGUGUACUUGAAGAAAGAGAAUUAUUUUUGCAUAUGAAAGAGGCCAGAACUAACAGGAGAAACUGCCAAGCUUGAGAUUUGCUAGUUUUAAAAUGUUUUCAGAAAAGGUUCAAGUUGCAAGACAGGUUUAAACUUGGUAAAUGAAGAUGUUUGGUUUGCUCAAAGGGUCACCGUGCCCUGCCUGGCUGUCCCGUGGGCUGACACAGAAGGGACCUGGAGUCCCCUAAGUCCUGGGUUUCUGCCACGUAGUUUAAGUUCCAGUCUACCCGGCCUUGGCAGGGAGUGGGCACUGUGCAGGCGUUUUGGCCGAUUUGCAGAGAGUGGAGUUUUGGUUUUCAGUGUCCUGACCUCACGCCAACUGGAGGGCCCGGCUUGCUGCUCCAGGCGUCUGGGAUGGCCUUCGGUGUGGUCACCAUGGCGGGACACUCUUGGGACCCCAGCGCCGAAGGUAGGGAGAGGGCCCAGGGUUGGCAGAGAGAGGAGAGCAGCGCACCCAGACGUUUCCCAGCCUGACAGGGCUCUGAAACCAUCUUCAGAUGAGGUUAGUCCAGUGGUAACCAGUGCAAGGCAGCUGGGGACAGUGAGGGAAGGGCUUCCGGCUCUAGAAGGCCCCUUCCUGACUCCAGAGCCCGUGGCCGGGCAGGCACUGGGGGCCGCCCACUGGGUCUGGUUCAGCUGCCCACCUGGAGCUUCUCUUUUGGCCCCAUCUCUGCCUAAGGCUCGAAGCCUCGGAACACAGGAAAUGCCGCUGCCCUGGGCUGGUGGCCGCAGAUUUAGGCUGUCCUGGCGCAUUCCUGGGUCUCUGAGUUUGUGCUCAGCUGUGCAGCCCACACUCCCAGGGCCCAGAGUCACUCACACCUGGUGCUCUUGCAUGUGUCCGAAACCCGAAGACGCCCCCCUUGUGAGCCAGCAUGUGGGGCAGCACAGUCCACAGCUUGAGUCUCUCGUGAAAACCUGGAAGGGACUGAGACACCGUCCUUGAGGAGUGAGCACGAAUCAGCGAAAACUUGGCCUAACCCGACGUUUCCCUCCUCAUCUGGGCUCCUCCAGGAGCCUCAGCGCUAAGUCGGAGGCUCAGGAGGAGCAGGGAGGGGGCCGGGCCGCUCCAUGCUUCUCCACGGGUCUUCACUUAACCUGCAGAAUCUUCUAAGAUCCUUCCGACCGAUUUUGUAUAUACUACACUUCUGUUUAAAGCUUUUCUAUGUUCUGGGCAAGUUGACUGACUGCUCCUUUGAUUUGAGCACUUUGAUUUUUGUAUGUCUUCUGUGAUGGCACUGAAACAUUUACCAGUGGUCUUACGACUUAUUUUGUAUUUUUUUUUUUGUAAUUGAUACCAACGAAAACUUUUACCGCUUUUAUUCGUCUUCUGCAAAAUCCAAGCUCCUUUUGAAACCAAAUGAACUGACCGUGAGCUGGCUUCAGGGAAAGAUAUUCAUGAGACCACAACCAGAUGUGCUGGUACAGUGCUGGAAUGUUUCACCCUCUUAAAUUCCUAAACACUAAAUAUCAUCCCAUGACUUUUAUUUAAAUUAUUUAAAACAUUUUUACCUUGAGAAGAGGGGGCAGUGAUGCCAGAAUUAUGAGUGCCUUUAACAUAAACUGCAGUGUCCUCUGGCAAAGUACAUUUGCCUUAGAAAUGUGGUUUAGUUUUGUUGCCGUUUUAUAUAUACAUAUAUAUAGUAUUUUUAUACCUUAA